AUGAAACAUAAGAAGGAAAGUGGAGCUGAAGGGCGAAAGAGACGAAAGUUGGAGGCAAAGGAAUCCGAAAAGUCUAGCAAGUUUUUUCGAAGCUUCUUUAAAGAGCCCGGAACAAGUAGUUCGACAUGUCCAAUGUCCGAUGCGUCGCAACCAGCUACGUUGGAUUACGAUGAUGGAUCAAGUUCAAAUGCGUCACAGGAGGAGGUCAAGUCAGUCGAGUAUGAUGAGGAAAAGGACUCGACAAAAGAACCAGAUAGAAGUGGAAGUAGUGACGGUGAGUACAUUGACGAACUUGAACCUAGUGAAUUGAAGCCUACAACUGUGAUUCCAGAAGUGAUUGAACAGCAUGACAUUGGAUUUCUUAAAUUCGACAAGAACACAGGAAAACCACUAUUGUCUGACUCGUUGAGGACAAAAAUAAUACGACUGAGUGCAAAGUAUUUUCAGAAUAGCGAGGGACCUUUCGCACCGACAAAUAAUCGUUCUAUGAACAAAAAUUGGUUCAAAAGGAAAUUAGGCGAUGGUCGUGGUGAGAAAGUCAUUCGCUCAUGGCUGGUUUAUUCUCCGUCUAAAAAAUCGGCAUUUUGUUUUUGCUGCCUUCUCUUUUCCCUGUCGAGCCAUCAGUCUGCAUUGGAACAGGAAACAGGAUUUAACAAUUGGAAAGCACCUGAAAGGAUGACCGUUCAUGAAAAUGCCAAGACACACCACGCUUCCUUCACAGAAUGGAAAGAAAUGGAAAGAAAUCUAGUUGAAAAUAGAGGAGUAAUUGAUGUAGAACUUCAAGCAGAGAUCGUAAGAGAAAAGGAAAAGUGGCGUGAAAUCUUGAGGAGAAUCCUUCAUUGCAUAAAAUUCCUGGCGACACAAAACCUACCUCUGCGGGGGCACAGGGAGUCAUUUCAGACGUCCGAUGACUCUAACGUGGGUAAUUUCCUGGCCUUACUGAAACUGCUUUCCGUUUUUGAUCCUGUCAUGAAAGAGCACCUAGUUCAAGCAGAAAAACAUCCUGGAUCAACAUCUUAUCUUUCACCAAGUGUUCAGAACGAAUUCAUCCACCUAAUGGCAUCCAGUAUUCGGCAGUGGUUACUAAAAAGCAUACAUAAAGCCAAGUAUUAUGGCUUAAUGUUUGAUUCAACUCCUGAUCAAGCACACCGAGAGCAGAUGUCUGAAGUAGUGAGGUACGUGAAAGUUGAUUUUGAGAGAAAAACAGUACGUGUUAGAGAGUCUUUCCUUGGCUUUAUUGAUAUAAAGCAGAAGGAUGCGGAGAGUUUUGUUGAAGUCAUCUUGAAGCAACUAGAGGCGGACAAAAUGGACAUAAGAGAUUGUCGGUCCCAGUGCUACGAUAACGCUGCUGUGAUGGAAGGACACAAAAGCGGUGUUAGUCAAAGAAUUAAGGAGAAAAACAACCUGGCAAUGUUUGUAAAUUGUGACAAUCACUCACUCAACUUAGUGGGUGUAAUGCAACAAAACAGGAUCCAUUGA